AUUUACACUGCUGUCAAAAAAAUGCCCAGUUCUCUCCAACUGGUCAUUCUUGUGACGGCCUCGGUAGCAGCCGCAGUGGCAGAGGUGUCAGCCUCCAUGAACCCGCAUCGACUUCGGUUGAAGGCCACUAAGAAGCCCCCUCAAGGUGGAGAAGGCACCCACCAAACGCUACCUUCCCGUCUGGGUGCCCGCCAGACCACCACCAUCACUGCAGUCCCCUCCACCAAGGAGACAACUGAGUCUCCUAUGGAUGCUUAUUCUUCGUCUCCCACUGACAGUACCACCUACCCUAGCGAGGCAUACUCCUUGGACUACCACACCGAGGCUAUGCUGCCCCCUGGAGUGGGCCCAAGGAACUACACACUGGACUACAAUGAGUGCUUCUUUAACUUCUGUGAGUGCUGUCCACCAGAGAGGGGCCCUCCAGGACCCAUCGGAGAGAAGGGGUCAACAGGUGCUUCAGGACAAAAAGGAGAGACAGGACCUCGGGGACCAAUGGGAGAAAUAGGUCUGCCUGGAGCUCCUGGGUCGCCAGGAGCUAAAGGGGACAUGGGUGAGAAGGGGUUGCCAGGAGUACCAGGUCUUGCAGGGACAAAAGGAGAUAAGGGUGAACAAGGACUUAGAGGGGACAAAGGGGACAUUGGUCCUCCAGGACUGAAAGGUGACCCAGGAGACACAGGGGAACCUGGCCAGAAUGGAACCAAGGGAGAAGCUGGUGAACCAGGCAUGCCUGGCUUAAUGGGGCCUGGGGGAUACAAUGGCACGAAAGGGGAAAAGGGAGAAAAAGGGGAAAUGGGAGAAUCUUCUACUGUGGACAAGGGAGAGAAAGGUGACAAAGGUGAACCCGGACCACCAGGUCCAAAGGGUGACAUAGGCAUGCCAGGAAUAAAUGGCACAGACGGGCCUCCAGGCACUAAGGGUGAGAAGGGAGAUCUUGGCCCACAGGGUCCACAUGGACAGCAGGGUACAAAAGGACAACCUGGACCACCAGGCCAAAGAGGCAUGCACGGUAUGAAAGGCAUCCGUGGUGUGAAAGGCCUCCGGGGCCAAAGGGGGGUGAAGGGCUCCAAGGGCGAGCCGUUCAUUCAGAAGCGCUCAGCCUUCAGUGUGGGUCUCUUCCCCAGCAGAUCGUUUCCUCCCCCUGGUCAACCCGUCAGAUUUGACAAGAUUAUCUACAAUGAGGAGGGCCACUGGGACUCCAACAUCAGCAAGUUCAAUUGCACCUAUGGAGGCGUCUACGUCUUCUCCUACUACAUCACUGUGCGUAACCGCCCGCUGAGGGCAGCCCUGUUGGUGAACGGCAUUCGCAAGCUGCGCACCCGCGACUCCCUCUACGGUCAGGACAUCGACCAGGCCUCCAACAUGGCGCUGAUCCGGCUGUCUACUGGCGACCAAGUGUGGCUCGAGACAGUGCGUGACUGGAAUGGCGUCUAUUCAAGCAGCGAAGAUGACAGCACCUUCUCGGGAUUCUUACUUUUCGCUGAUGCCACUAAAGACUGA